AUGCAUACAUUAGAUCCCACUGUAUUAACGAUUAUUAAAACAGCUACAAACUUUGAUGUAUUUGAUGCUUUCAAAUUUGAGUACAAAAGGCAAGGAAUCUUACAGAAGAUUAACCAAUGGUUAUCAUCAAUUGGUGUCCUAUGUGUCCCUACCUGUCCUUUAAAUCCCACCUUUGAUGAAGUUGAAGCGGAACCAAUAUUAGUUAAUUCUAAACAAGGUACUUGGACCAAUUUUAUCAAUUUAGUAGACAUGGCUGCAUUAGCUAUUCCCUGUGGUUUCCGAUCUGACGGCCUUCCAGACGGUAUCACAUUGAUUGGCAAAAAGUUUACUGACUAUGCUUUACUCAAGUUAGCACACAGAUAUUUUGGAAGGAGCUUUUCAUCUGGUUCGAGGUCAUUUGGUAUUUUUAAGGAUAAACAAGUUUCUAAAUAUGACAAUGUCACUGGCCCUGAAAUCAAUCCUAAUUCUUCCAUCAAGUUAGCCGUGAUUGGUACUCAUUUACAGGGUCUUCCUUUGCACUGA